UUUUUAAGACUCGGCCUCGAGGCCCCUCGCUGACACGGCAGGCGGCGCCGCGGCCAGGCUAGCCUCUCGGGCCCGGAGCCUCCGCGGGCUGCACAGUCGCCCGGCGCGCCGCUCAAACAGAGACUCCGGCUGUCCCCGCGGCCGCGCACGAUCCGCACGGCGGAAGACGUGCCGGCGGGCAUGGGCUGCUUCUCGCCGGAGCUGUGGCUGCGGCAGCUGCUCAGCGGCCCGGGCCUGGGCCUCGCCGCGGCCCUGCUGCUGCUGCUCCUGUGCCUGCGCGCCCGGCGCACCAGGAGACCUGGUGAGCCUCCACUGGUAACAGGCUGGCUCCCUUACUUUGGAGAAGCCCUGAAAUUAGCGAAAGACCCCAUAGGUUUCAUGGCUACUCUCCAAAAGCAGUAUGGUGAUACUUUCACUCUUCUCCUUGGGGGAAAAUACAUCACAUUUAUCCUGGACCCUUUCCAGUACCAGCCAGUGAUAAAAAAUCAAAAAUUAAGCUUUCGAAUAUUCAGUAAUAAAAUAGUAACGAGAGUAUUUGACGUCAAAAAGUUGAUAAUGGAUGAUGAGAUGAAUGACGAGCUUCACACCUCCUACCAGUUUUUACAAGGGAAGCACUUGGACUCACUCAUGGAAAACACAAUGCAGAGUCUGAGACAAGUUUUUGAACCCCAACUCCUAAAAACCACAAGCUGGGACACAGCAGACCUGUUCAAAUUCUGCAGCUCAGUAAUAUUUGAGAUGACAUUUACAAGUCUACAUGGGAAUUAUCUGGCGGGUGAUAGGAAGACAUUUAUUACUGAAUUAAGAGAUGAUCUUUCAAAAUUUGAUGACAAAUUCCCACAACUGGUAUCAGGCAUGCCCAUUGAGCUUCUCAGAGAUAUCAAAUCCAUUCGAAUGAAACUUAAAAAACACUUGACAACAGAAAACUUAGCUAAAAUACAAGGAUGGUCAGAAAUUAUUCAAAGGAGGCAGGAUACCCUGGAGAAAUACUAUACACCCGAGGACAUUGAAAUAGGAGCACAUCAUUUAUCCUUUCUCUGGGCCUCUGUGACAAACACCACUUCAGCUAUGUUCUGGACGAUGUAUUACCUUCUACGGCACCCAGAAGCUAUGGCAGUGCUGCGUGACGAAAUUGACCGUUUGCUGCAGUCAACAGGUCAAAAGAAAGGGCCUGGACUUUCCAUCCGCCUCACCAGAGAACAAUUGGACAGCCUGAUCUACCUAGAAAGCACCAUUCUCGAGGCCCUACGGCUAUGCACGAUUUCAGGCAUCUUCCGUUCUGUUCAAGAGGACUUGACACUACAUCUAGAGACCCAGGACUACCGUCUGCGAAAGGGAGACUUCGUGGGCAUCUUUCCUCCCGCCCUACACUACGACCCUGAAGUCUUUGAAGCCCCAGAGGAGUUUAGGUUUGAUCGUUUUAUAGAAGAUGGUAAGAAGAAAACCACCUUUUAUAAAAGAGGGAAAAAGCUGAAGCAUUACGUCAUCCCAUUUGGAUUCGGAAUCAGCAAAUGCCCAGGCCGAUUUUUGGCGUUAGUUGAAAUAAAGCAGUUGUUGGUUAUACUUUUAACUUAUUUUGAUUUAGAAAUAAUUAGUGAUAAGCCUGCAGCACUGAACUUCAGCCGCAUUUUGCUUGGUGUUCCGUAUCCAGAUUGUGAUGUUUCAUUUAGGUACAAAGUAAAAUCUUAAAGAAGCUAAAAGGAAAAGAAAUCUAUCAAAACUAACCUAACUGUGUUUAGCUCAUUUAUUUGCUUUAAAUUUCUUCAAAUGUAAUUGCUUUUGUUUGUUUGUUUGUUUAAAAAGCACCAAUUUCUAUUUGAUCUGAGAUCAAUCCAGUUUGUACUUGGUCACAAAACGCAUCAUAAAAAAACCAGGAUGGUGGCAUGAGAAUGGACAUGAAAAUCAACAUAAUGAUAAAUUCUAAAUAAAUUUUUUAAGUUUCUACGUAUUGAGAUCUGGGGGCUGUCAUAGUAAAUAGUGCCUCCACAGCAGUAGGUUUGACACUGGGAUUUUUUUAAGUCACAAAUUCUCCUCUAAUAUGUAAAAAUACACUUUAUGUACUAAUAGAAAUUUGUUCUGGAAAUGAACACGAGUCUAACAAAUUCCAAGUUCUCAGAGAAGGAAAUUAAAUUUCCAUGAGACACACUGGAUGAAAAUGUUCCCUUCAAGUGUAAUAUCAAUAAUAUCUAUAUUGCCAGGGUACGUUUGCGUUAAAUGAGUUUUGCAGUAGAUUAAAUGCUUCAACUUCACUUCAAUAUUUAAUCAUCCAUAAAUGUUCUUUAUUACUUUGUAUACUGUGGCUCAAUGGAACAAAAUUUCUUGUUAUAUAAGGCCACUCAUGUUCAAGUUAGAUACUGGUGAGAUUUAUCAGUAUAAGAACACACAAAAACCUAUUAUAUAUUCAGCAAUUGCCCUCGGCAUUAGUGUUAGGUUUAUUGUAGGAGUGAAUGCUGAAAUCAUUAUAGGAUUGAUUAUAGCAUUGGACUCUAGUGUAAACUCUAAGCUUUAUGCCAGUAUUGCAAUUAACUUUCCUAAAUGCUUCCAUUUAUAUCAACUGAGAAACUAGAUACCUGUAUUUGUUCUUGACACCUCACCUCUUGGACUUGGAGUUUAUUCGCAUUAUUUGAAUGGCAAUGUUACGUACUACGGUAUAAUUCCAUAUGCCAUAAUGAAGCAUUGUGGGGAUGGUUCAAAGAUUUCUAAUAUCAGAUUGUCUGGCAUCUGGCCUAAAUGCUGAUGCUGUGUAUAAACAGGCAGAGCAGGUGAUUGCACCCAGUUAAUUCACACUGCAUUUAUAGGAACUUCUAGUAUUUCAGAAAUGCACUAUUGUUUUCAAAAAGGAAAUUGAUUUUUAAAAUAGCAUUAUAAAAUACUUACCCAUACUUAAGAACUAAAUAGGUUUCCUAGCAUUUAUUUUCUCCUUCCUGAAGUACAUGCUUUAAGUGUGCCUUCGGGAAGCCCUGCUGGUCUAAACUUUGUUUUCGCUGGAAUGGAGAUGUUUUCAUUUUCGCCCGGGUUCCUGAAAGGUGCUCUGGCUAGGUACACACGUCUAGACUGACAGUUAUUUCCUCGCGGCACUUUGAAGACAUCUCAUGGUCUUAAGGCUGCCCUUGUUCUUACCAAGAGGGUAGCCUUCAUUCGGUUUAAUUAUUCAGUAGAUUGUCUGCCUCUUUCCGCUGCUUUAACGUGCUCCCUUUGUCUCUGAUGCGCUUGGUUUCUGUUUAUCAUGCUUGCAUUUCCUGGUGCUUCUUGAGUCUGAGAACGUGUCUUUCAUCAGGUGUGGGAUAUUCACAGCCAUCUUCUCUUUGAAUAUCUCCUCUCUCAGGCUCUGCGUUAGAUCCUCUCCCCCUGUACCCCAUGUUGUUUGACCUUUUCUCCUCAUAUUUCUAUCUCUAAUUUACAUUCUGGGUGAUUUCUUUGGAUCUUUAGAUCUCCCUCCAAGUUUAUUCUGUUCUUUACCUCAUCUACUGAGUUUGUUUCUUCCUUCUUUCUAUUUUAACCUCAGGUUCAUAUGACUGAGUGAUCACAUUUCUUAUACCCCCUUAGCUCAUGGUACACAAUUAUAAUUGAUCCAGACAAGGCCUUUCUGGCUUUAUUCACGCGUUCUGUUUUAGCCCAAAUCGCUACCAUUAUACCCUUCCCCAUCAUAGGCAGAUAUUCUAAUGUGCUUGGUGUGUAUCUUUUUGUUUGUAUGUGUUUUUAUAAAACAUAUAAUAUUACCUUGGGUGCAUAUGUUGUUAAUUUAUGUUAAUGUAUUUUCUAUACAUCAUGUUCUUCUUAACGUUUUUGCUAAGCUCUAUAUUUUUAAAGAUAUAUCCAUAUUGCUUUUUAUAUAUAUGAAAUCUAUUGCUUCUUACUGCUAUAUAGGAUUCCAUAAUGUGUACUUGCCAUGUUUUAAUGCUCUGUUCACCCAGUGAUGGAAACUGUGUUAGCGAGAUGGUUAAUUUCGGGGAGAUGCCAAAGCAGAACCUAAAAACUCUAACCCCUACCCAUCCUCCCACCGCUGUAUGCAUCCAUCCUCCACCCUGGAUUGAUGCAAACCCUGUCCUCAACGUCCCCACCAUACACACACACACACACACACACUCACUCACUCUUAGUUCAUGAUAGCCUUCAUUCUCUGAGAUGUUCUAGAUUUUCGUGUUCCAUCCACAGAUCCUUACCACCCUCUCCCUUCUAUAUGGUCUCCAGCAUUGAUUUGAGUUGGGGCACCACCUGUCAACUUGUCAGCUUUUAGAUGUUCAAUGCCACUGAGUCUGCUAAAUUUCAUUACAUUUUCAGUUUGAGAAUUCUCUUUGGUUCUUCCUAUCUGUCUGAUCAUUUUUGAUAACAUCUUGUUCCUUCAUCAUACAUUCAAUAUCUUUUUCAUUUCUUUAAAUAUAUUAAGAAACGUAUUUUAUUUUCUGUAUCUGGUAUUUCCAAGUCAUCAGCAUUUUGUGGGUCUGAUUCUGUAGCUUUUUGGGGUUUUUUGUUUUUUUGUUUUAACUCUUCCUCAGGAUGGCUUGUUUACUGGGCCCAUGUUCCUUGGAAUUUUAUCUUUGGAAAAUUUUUUAAGACCUGAGUUUAAAGCUUACACCUUCAGAAAGAAUUUGUGUUUGCUUUUGUCCGACUGCUGAUGUUCCUGAUCAAACUCAGGUCACUUCGGAUUUUCAACUUGAGUAUUUUGAGAGGUGAUUGGAAACGACACGUGUGGUGUGGUUUAGCCAGACUGCAACCCUAUGAUGAGGAAUAGGCAGGAGAGACUUUCUGGGGUUUUCUCCCCUUUACCCAAAGCCAAGGCUGAGACAGGCAAGUACACCCACAGUCCCUGUCUGUGGAGCAAGGUUUCUUUCUAGGUCACUUACUGCAGAUGUUGCCUCAACAAGUCUUGGCUUUGUGCAGAGGCCUUGGAUUACACACACACACACACACACACACACACAGCUUGGGCCCUAAGCUUUAUCUCAUGCCUUCCACAAAGUGUAGCCCAUUCCUUUUGUACUAGGACAUCUAGUCCACCUUAUUGCCUGAAGUGUAAACCUCCAGAUUCUUAAACUCGUCUCAGUAGUAACCUUUGUGAUGCUCAGCAGAAGGAGCAUAGAGAAUCAUUCCAUUCUAGUACCUGCUUAAUUUAUAAUUAGAAGUGAAAGGAAUUGAGAAUGGAAAUAUUAU